AUGCUUGCCGAAGACUUCAGCCUCGUACGCCUAUGGCCGUUCGUGGCAGGCGCUGCUCUCGUUUGGUAUUCGAUUCUAACAUUCACCUCCUGGUAUCGACUACGACAUAUUCCCGGACCCACACUCGCGUCUUUUUCGUAUCUAUGGCUCGCACGCGUGGCGGCAAGCGGCAAGCAGUACCAGAAAUAUCGCGGCCUCAAUCAGAAAUAUGGUCCUCUGGUGCGAGUUGGACCUAAUGAGCUGACUACGGACGACCCUGAGGUGCUCCGAAUGAUUUCCGGAGCUCGAAGCUCAUACGGCAAAGAUGACUGGUACCUAGGGUCGCAGCUUAACCCCUAUGUAAAGACGAUGUUCACAACCAUGGAUCCUGGAGCUCACGAUAGAAUGAGAGCACAAACGGCCGGCGCGUAUAGUGGACGAGAAGCCACAAAUCUGGAGAAAGGCGUGGAUGAGCAAGUCCAGAUUCUUCUAUCGACUAUCCGAGACAGGUACAUCUCCGAGCCAGGAGAGAAGAAGACGAAGUUCCUAGACUUCUCGGAAUUGUCUUCCUUCUUUACCAUUGAUGUUAUCACGAACGCCGGCUUCGGGAGGCCUUUUGGGUACCUUCCAGCUGAGAAGGAUUUGUACGGAUUCCUGGAAAGCAUCAGAGACUACUUGCCUACGAUGGCUAUGGCUGUUGAUGUGCCAUUCAUCCGGAACAUUCUAUUUUCACCAACCUUUCUGAAGGUAUUUGGGCCUAAAACUCACCACCAGAAAGGGAUGGGCAGAUUAAUGCAUAUCGCUGCUAAUCGUGUCAAAGAGCAUCUCGCAGCAGCGGGAAAGGAUAGUGAAAACACCAUGCUAUCGUCUUUCUUCAAGCAUGGCUACUCGCAGGAACAGUGUGAGGCAGAAUGCAUCUUCAUGAUAUUCGCUGGCUCCGAUACUACAGCAUCCGUGAUGCGCACCACGAUGCUUUACCUCAUCAGUACGCCCCACGUAUAUCAAAAGUUCAAGUCCGAGGUUGCAGCUGCUGUGCGCGCAGGCGUUUCGUCUCCUAUCACGGUUGAGCAAGCGAGAGCAAUACCUUAUCUCCAGGCUUUAAUAUACGAAGGCCUCCGUAUGCGAUCUCCAGCUCCAGGUCUUUAUCCCAAGACAGUGCCACCUGAAGGCGACAUUAUCCACGGUAAACUCAUACCCGGGGGGACUGCAAUCGGAAUGAACACCUCCUCCGUUUUGUGCUCCAAAACUCUGUUUGGAGAAGAUACGGAUGUAUUCCGACCAGAGCGGUUCUUGGAAGUUGACGAACCCAAGAGAGUCGAGAUGGAACGGAACGUGGAGUUGAUAUUCGGUUACGGACGGUGGAUGUGCGCUGGCAAGCCUAUAGCUUUCAUGGAGUUAAACAAGGUCUUCUUUGAGUUGAUGCGACACUUCGAUUGGCAGCUCGUCAAUCCCGCCAGUCCAUGGCACUCGGUGAGCUACAGUGUAUGGAUUGAACAGAAUAUGUGGGUUAGGGUUUUCGAGGCCAGCCCAACGGAGUGA